GGAGACUAGCAAACAUCUAUUUGAAAAUGCGUGAACGAUCAGAUCGUACUGUCUAUCUCGUGUGACAUUGGUCUUAACGAGAGAUGAUAAUUCGCUGACGGACAUAGGGCUGAGGCUGAAAGCCAGUCUCGUUGCGAUUCGCUAUUUCUGUUUAAUGCCGCUGGCGUUUCUGUGAUGCUGUUGCUACUGCUGAUGUUACUGCUGUCUGAUUGUUUCUAAAACGGCUGCUGCUGGGUGACUGGCUGAAGUUGAUUUAGAAACGAAGUGGGACUACCACGAAGCGACGGAAACGAAGACGCAGUAAUGACGCCAUGCCUGCCAUAACUUUUCUACUACUGAUGCCUCAGCAAAAUCGGCUUACGCCAACGAACAGUUAAACGGCACGAACGUUUGAAUGGAAGUAUAACAACCGACUAAGAUGGAUUUGUUUAAACUUUUUUAUGCGAUCUUUCGUUUCGUAACUUGCUUAGAUUACAUCUCGUUGAAUCAUGUGAGUAGCUGUCGAGCAUUUCUACAAAGCGAUGCUUGAGACUUCUAGAGAGGUUUCCAGAAAAGUAAAGUAAAUGUUCACGUCUCGCGUACAUCCGGAAUGCAUGUUAUUGUCGUUCACCCAGCCUAUGACUGCUGCCAUUAGUUACUGCCUCGUCGUGGUAGAUGACUCAGCGAUCUCUGCUGAACGCUUGAGCAGGGGCGAUGGCGGCAGCGGGCGAAAUCUCGCGGGGGCCAGUCCCUCAUCAUACCGCUUUUUCUCGUUCCUCCGACAGCCAAGCGCUGACACCAUUAGACGUAGGGUAAUGGCAAUAGCGGUGAAGUCAUAGAGCCAUACUCGUAUACGCAAUCUACGACUGCUGUCGAUGCUGGCGCAGCGCUGGAAACGAGCUACUCUUAUCAAGAAACCUGCAGCUACGACGAGCUAUACUAGUCAACAGCGUCGGACGAGCGGGCACACACAGACGCGAUAAACGAGAACUACUACGUUGAGCCAUACAAAUCAGAUCAACAAUACCAGACCUGUGCGCGUCCUCUGAAUACGAUAUACACCUUUAUGGCAAUAUGAGAAUGCCAUCUGGCGUUUGUCUAUAGUCUAUAACCGUCAUAACUCAAGUUCAUGUUUAAGUUACCGCAUUACGCGUAUUUGCAGUGGAUGCUAUUACCGCUACCGCGGCCGCUUGUAAACGAGUCAUAGAGUUUAGUGUUUUUCUUGACACAAAUAUUCGGUUCGCCCCAGGCCUACACGUUUGGUAUCAGCAGCGUCGAACGCUUAUUCACGUAUUAUUUCAUUUGCUUCAAAGGAUUUAUUGAGAGGAGAACAUUGAAUUAAACCAGUUGUGUCACGAUCAACAUCGACCAAACCAGACGGCUUAAUUGUAUCUGGUGCUAUAAGUGGUUCACAUCUGGAGUUCUCUGCCGAGCAACCAGACUUGGUCGGAUGUUUCGAAUAUUCAAGACGUGUAUAGUGGUUCGUUAUUUAUUUGUGCGAGCUCAGUGACGCUACGAUCUAAAUCGUCUUCUCUGAAGAAUAAAUACUUACAAAUAAAGCGUUUAAGAUAGAGUAGGCGUGCGGUGCAGUUCUUGGAGAGUCGUAGACCGGCAGCUGGCCUCAAAGCAAGUUAGCGUCAUGGCUGGUACCCAUGCCCAGUCUGUCAGCUCCAACCAUUCGCAUUGACUGGGCCGCUUCUACGAUCGCCGUGGCUUUGCGCCAAACCGUCGAAAGUGAUCAAAGUGUGGGAAGUGGAGGACACACUGGUGAGGAAGGAGGGAGAGCAAAAAUGCCGUACCAGUUGGCGGCAAAGCUGAUUACCAUUCGAACGACUGUUAGGCCGGAAUUGCCUGAUCGCGUCAAGGAAGGUCUUCAACAGACGUUUCAGGAAGCGUCGCCCAACCAGUUCUCGCUGUGCUCCUUUCCAAACGUCAUCCAAGCUUUGGAGAGGCGAUUUCCGUCUAUUUUUCUAGUUCCCCAUUUCAGGGAACUUCUCAUUGCUCGAUUGCAGCACGUCGCUACAUGCAACGAAGGUUUGUUGUGUGCUGACGACUUUAUUGCGGUGAUGACGGAAUCUCUUACACACGACACAUCCAAUUGGGGUGGCAUGAAAACACCUAUUGGAGGGGGCCUGAUUGGCCUCGGCAAUUUACCCGAUCAAAUUACAAGCAAGCUUCUUAAAAGGGGCUUUGAUCUCAACGUGAUGUUGGUCGGACGGAGCGGUUUGGGGAAAAGUACACUUGUCGAUACGCUCUUUAAAGCCAAGGUAUCGCGUCGUUCAUCUCAGAAGAGUACGGAAGGUGAGGGCAUUGAAGAUCUUCCUCGAACAACGGAAAUCCACGCUGUGACCCAUGUUCUUGAGGAACAGAACGUGAAAGUGCGUCUUACUGUCACUGACACUCCGGGUUAUGGCGAUCAUCUUAACAACCAAAAUUGCUGGGUGCCAAUAAUGCAACAUAUAUCGGAACAGUAUGAAAGAUACCUGAUAGAAGAGCGUCAGGUUGUCCGAAAACGAAUUAUUCCUGACUCACGCAUUCAUGUGAUCCUCUAUUUCAUCGAGCCUUCCGGUCAUCGCCUUUCACAAUUAGACAUCGAAUGUCUCCGAAGACUUACACGCGUCGCGAACGUCAUUCCGGUGAUAGCCAAAAGCGAUACACUUACUUUGGAAGAACGUGUGCAGUUCAAGCACAGCAUUACCGAGGAUCUAAUCAGGAAUCAAAUUCAGGUCUAUCUGGGUGAUGAGGACGAGGGCGGUGUCAUGUGCAAAGACAUUGUACCGUUCUGUGUCGUUGGAUCAACUACACAACACGAAGUAGGUGGAAAAUUUGUGUUUGGAAGGGCGACUCGUUGGGGUGUCAUCGAAUGUGAGAAUAAGGCACAUUGCGAAUUUACCCAACUAAGAGAUCUACUAAUUAAGAGUAACAUGGGCGAUCUGGUGGAAAAGACACACUUUAUCCACUACGAAAACUUCCGCCAUCAGAGGCUGAAGAGCGGCGAGCCUGUUCUUAAAAUGCACCACAAUGGAAAUUCCCUCGAUCAUUGCAAUGAGUCCACAUUAUGAAAAGGAUAGAUAAUAACUGACGAGAGAGGGCCCUACAACAAUUAGACCCAAAAAACAGAGACACAAAAAAGUCAUGUGGAUCUAUUGGUGAUUGUCAAUUCAAGACAUUAGUGUACGAAACGAAAACUAACCGUUGAAAAGACAUUCUCAUUCCUAAGGACCGCCCAAGCUACGUAGAUUCUUCCCAAACCAGGCUAAAUCGUAGCCUCUAUGCAUUGAAGUUACGCGUUCUCAGCGUGCUGACGUACAGAGAAUCUGUAGCGGUUACAGAGCUAAACAAAAGUCAAACUAAACUUUAAAAGCGAACUCAUCAUAAUUAUUGGCUGAUAUUAAACAGCGAUCUGUAGGAAGACCUACGCGGCAAGUAUCACUAAAAGGAUGCAGAUUCAGCAAUUGCAAAAAAGUAUAGUAGAAUAUGAUAUAACAAGGUCAUCUAAACGAGCGUGUAAGUGUAAAAUCCUUACAUCUUUCAGCUAGUGGACGCAGUCCACUCAAGAAACUGUUUUUCGCGUGAGAUGAAUACUAGCCAUCAUCCUUUGUCUGGCUUUAAGCAGUUAGCUAUACACGAAGAUAUGUAUUCUGUUCAUCCACAGUUUUUACGACUAUCAUUUUCAAAUAUUAUCCGUCGUGGCUUAGAAGUGAAAUUUGCAAAUACCUUCAAAAAAUAAUUACCUCGAGAAACCAAUUACGAUAUAGGAAUUUUGUAGAUAAAAGCCUAUAUAACAGCUUCUCCGAGUGAGCAGCAGAUAUAGCCGUAUUAACGCGCACAUAGUGAACCGUUUGAGGCGAUAUCUCUGUUACUGGUGACAGCCGCAGAACGAAAACGAUUCCCCGACUGAGGGACGAACACUGCCGAUAGUGGGACCCCGAUUUUAUAUAAACCUAAAUGAGGCUGAGUUAACAUUAUAAUAUUUUUCAAUGCAAUUUGGUAAUCUAGAUUAAAGUUUCCGUGGUUUUUCUAAACGGAUAGAAAUUAAUAGACCAUAGCUUUGAUAUACGAAAACUACGUGAAUAGUUCUACGUAUACGCUCAAAUGCUCUGCUAAAAGAGUUCAGUGAAUGCUUUGAGAAUGUGCCCUAUAAGAAUGUAACGAGGUAACUGAGAAAACGUUUUGUCGUGGAUGUAUUAUUAUCAUUAUUUCAAUGGCGAUAGUUAUAGUUAUUAUUUUCAUUUGUUUUUGCUGUAACCUUAUUUAUGCAAGGACUGUUUGAAGGUGUAAUUGGCGUUGAUGAUAGUACAACAUGAUAUGGCAAAUGGUUAGGCUAUUUAAUGGAAUCUGAUGUUGUUGAUGUCAAAAAACUAUAUUAAUUUAUGACAUUUUUCAUUGUUUCGACGCCACAACCCGAAUCUGUUUGCCAAAAUUAAUAACGUCGCACUUAAAUUGAUUCAAGAUUGCCACGCAGUGUUUUGUCACCGUCUUGAAUUCCAUAAGCGUGCCAGUGUGAACAUCCCUCGCUUUUAGUGGAUGCGUUAUAAAUAUGUGCCAUUAUUUUUAACAAUACAACGUUCUGUUGUUUGUUUUUUACGCUAUAUGAAUUGAUCUGUGUUUGUGAAGUCUCAUUAGAUGAGACAGAAAAACAGCAAGCUUUGGAUUUUUGUUUAGUGCGUUGUUGACAUUAAGAAGUUUAGCAUUUUUAUGUUUCGCACUGUGACGUCUCUAUUUAGCUGCGCAUAUAAACAAAAGGCAAUACAUGAUGAACACAGAGCUCGUUGUACAAGUAAAUAUCAGAGAAAACACAAGAGGCCAUGCUCAUCACGUUCGAAAGAACUGUGCAAACGAUCUUUACGCCAGGCAUGUUUAUUCGAUUCAGAAGAAUAAAUUUACUAAACAGUUUAAGGAUAUUGAGAGGAAAUUUCAGCUAUAUAUGCCACAUACCUUUGAUAACUAAUAUAUCGUGAGAAAAAAUAAAACGCAGCUGUAAUGAACAUAAUGUAAUUACAAAAAAAGAAGAAGGAAUGAUGUGAAAAAAUAAAUUUAUACAUACAUUUAAGCUAGAAUGAGCAUCGAAGUUUCUACGAUCUCAGCAAAAACGUAUGGAAACAAUAAAUCUAAUGCCAGUAAGCAAAAUAGCGUGCAUAUAUUUAUAUAUACAUAUGUUUCUUUUUU